AUGAUUCAAUGGAAAGAAGUUCUCUCCAACAUCAGGCGAUGUCGACUAGAUCCGGUAUUCUUAUUUUCUGCCGAUUGCGAACUCAGAGGUCAACAGUUCAUUUAUCGGGUGGAAAAAGCGCGCCGACGUAAGUGUGCAGCGCCGGUGCCAAAUUCAGCAAUCAGUACUGCUCUGUUGGAAUUGGAUUUAGUUUUCCUCGAAACUGUUCUCAUUGAGUUGUUAAACUUGGAACAGUGUGUCCAUGUUCGUUCACCGUAUUGCCCGCGACGAAGUUGUGCUGCGUUGGCCGCCGCUCUGGAUUGCCCACUGUUAAGCUGUUCACCUGAAUAUUUUGUACUUUCCGCUCCGGCCACGACCAGAUUGCAUAAUGGGUUCAACUUCAUCCCGUUCAACCUUACAGACUUUGGCACUCCGCAACCGUUAACCGGCUCUUGCUCCACCGCAUGGCCUCCAUCGGUUCGGCUUUCCUGUCAAGAUGCUGCAAACGGCACAUGCCAUUUUCUUCCUGCACAUCGUUUUGUUCCAGAACUUUCUUGUAUGGACAAGGUGAGCGAGUUCUACCGUCCCUUGUUGUUUCUUUUGUUGGGGUCUGAUUCGAUUCCUCGCAUCAAACUUCCGGCACAUGUCUACGGACUAAUUAAUUCAUCUACCGGGGACUAUAAAACACGACGAUGGCUUUCGUUGUGCAGUUGGUUGGCCCAGUUCCAUUCGAGCGGUUCCAUGGAACCGAUCUGCAGAAUCUUAACCGCUUACUCUGGAGACAUACAGCCGUUCGUUGCAAAGAAAUUGGCAGAAUCGGUAUUGACCUACAUUCCGAGCCCAGCCAUUGCCCCUCAGCUGGCCACGUUUCUCAGUCAAAGUACGUCUUUAUCAACUGCCUGGCAUUCUCGAGUUAAUGAGGUUCCUGAAAGGCAAACUCCCAUGAGACCCAAUUGUUCCGGUUCUCAGUCAAACACACAAUUUAAUCUUCUGCAACGGCUGAGUGGUGCUGAUUUCGGCAGCGAUGUGACAGUGGAUUUUACCUCCACUUGGUCUCCUAAGUUAGUGGAAGCAUUCAGCCAGUCGACCUUAUCGUCAAAGUGCAUAUCUCCCAUUUAUGUUUCACCGGAUAUUUUGUUGUCUUCCCACUUAGGGCUGCCAGACAGUGACGAAAGCGUACACGAAAGUUCUUUGCCGCUACGUCUGUUGCAUUAUCGCAUAUUUGCCGGAUUGAAACAGAGUUUAACAGCACCGAUCAAGUCUGUUCCCACUCCUUUUGUAGUGAACGAACAUCUGAGCGCCGGCCCUGACUUGGUAUGCUGCUCAAUACCGGUAAAACCACUCCAUUUGGAUUCUCAACGGGAUGGGGUGGAUGUCAUUUUGUCAAGAAUUUUAGGUUUAGUUAUUCCGACCGAUUUAGCUAACUGUAGCUCAUUGGUCAAUCUAUCCAUUGCCCUGGCCAUUUGGCAUCAUCUAUCUGAAUCCAAGCUUCCUCGCUUAUCCAGUCUGACCGAGUCUCCAUUAGCUCUAGCUGUAUUGGUUUGUGCAGUAGCCACGUGGUUUAAUCGCCAGUUUGUCGAGAUGAGUGAGGUCAAUCUGUAUGAGUAUUACCAGAAUGUUGCCUCGUUUGCUGAGAGCCAAGUAACCGCCAGCACAGACCUGAUAAAAUCGACGUCGAAAGUUUCACCAGCUUACCGACUCGAAUUCGUGCAUGCCUAUAAUUCUCUUCAGUUGGUCUACGGUUCGUUCCGAUCUUUGGUAGCACUUGUGAAUGCACUGAAUUCCGACCGGAACACGUCUGCGUUCCCCAGUUUUGCGCAAACCUGGAUUUUGUUUCCUUCUGGUCGUCUUGUUCACUGGAUUGCUGCAUGUUUGGCGAAUGUGGAUCAGCCGACUAGACGCCAUCUGGCGAUACGUUUCUGGAUGCCCCGUUUGCUCUACCGGUCAGGAACCACUAAUGUUUCUAAUCCAGCACAAACAUUACGUGACAUGUCGCAAGAGUUUAACAAACUACUGGAUACGGCUUGUUCUGUUCUGCCGGAUCAGGUCCCCAGUUUGCAUGUUCAGUGUACAAGAUGUCCUGUACCCGAAGUUGACUUUGGUGAGAUUGUCGCGACCUCCACAAACGUCAAAAAGGAUAAUUCCGUAAAACCUCCUGACCCGCCCAAACAGCCUACCACCGUUCCACAGAAAGUUCUCCCAAAACAAGGUUUUAAAGACCAAACCAACAGCAAAGAAUCCAUUUUAACUGGCGCUUCCAAAUCUCGGAGUAGCUCAACAAGCAAUUUGAGUCAUCAGCCCAAAAAUAAAAACAAAGCAGGAUUUGCUGGAAGAUUCCAACGAACAACUGGUUAUGCGGCUCGACUGACAGAGAGAUUGGGACCCCCGGUCUACGCUCGACCUCGCAGUUCUAGAGAAAACUCGCACCGCUUUCAAAAUACCCAUUCGCUAACGACACGAACCCGGCUGCCUUCCGGUACUCAUACGCAGGAUAUACGAAUUACCGGAAAGACCGACCACGACACCCGGUCAGCAAGCGGCACCUGUACACGGUCACGCACUGAGCACCGGAAAAUCCCACCUUCCGCGUUGAACCUACGAGUGCGUACAUUGGGUGGAACGUUCAAUUCGGCUGGUGUGCCCGGUGUAUUUUCUAGUUCUCAGCUUUUCCGAUAUGAGGAUGUACUGCCAUAUCUGGCCAUCUCACCCCUGACUUCAACGUUCUGA